AUGAGUUACUACUCUGAUGACGAGGACGUCGAUGUGCGCAUCCGUCACCAUGGCCAUUCACCUCGGCCAGUCCGAUACGUUGAGAGACCCCGGAAUUACUAUGGUGUUCCUGCCGGUCCAAGCUAUCUAGUGCCGGAACAGCACACUACCGUUGUUGCGCGGUCUCGUUCCCGCGACAGAUCCCGUGAUCGCAGGGCAAGUCCUCCUAGCCCAGUGCCCGCCCCAGCCAACCCAGUGAUUAUCAACAACCGUUUCUACGGCGAGCAUUCUUCGGAUGACGAUGAUGAUUAUCGACGACGCCGACAAGUCGCCCAUCGCCGCCGCAGCUCCGAUUCAAGAUCGCGGUCUCGAUCACGCCUUACUCGGGAAGAGUGGGAAGCCGAACUCGCUCGCCGUGAACUGGAGCGACUUCGCCUUGAGAACUCGCGGGACAGAGAGGAACGCCGCUUGACUAAAGAAGCUCGAGAUGACGCAGAGCUAAAACGCGCCAAACGAGAACUUGACGAGAUUAAACAACGCGAGGCGCGCGCCGAGGACGAGAAACGUAUCAAGAGGGAACUAGAGCUAAAGCGUUUGAGGGAGGAAGAGGAAGCUGCCGAGGAAAAGAAGCGCCGGGACAAGGAGGCCGCAGAGGCAGUUGAGCGUUACAAGAAGCUCGAGGCUGACCGCACGGCCGCGGAAAAGUUGCGCAAGGAACAAGAGGAGAAAGAAUAUAAACGUCGCAUGCAGGAGGACCUGUUAAAGUCAGGCCUAGACGAGAAGGCUAUUUCAGCUAUCCUUGAGAAGAAAAAGGUUCCAGACGCCCUGGAGCCAGGACAACGACCUACCUACACUCGCAUGGCUCGAAGGCAUUUAUCCAUCGAAACUCUACGAACGUUUCACAUCGAGUUUGAUCUUGAUAAUGAUCCAGAGUACAUCUUGAUCAAACGGUGGGUUCCAGAGUGGGAACAGGAUCAAUUUUGGAGGCACACGAAAUUUAUUCGUGAGAAGAGAAGCAGCACCUUGUUGAUCGAAGAGAAGAAGACUCGCCGGCACGAACCAGAAUUUGAGUGGGUUCGAAAGAAGAGUGAUCUGCGCAAACAGCGAGAGGGGAAUCGCUAG